AUGAUUUUAGCAAUAUUUUCUGCUAUUUUUAUGCCUAUCGAUUCUUUUUUCUUUGAUCCAGAGUUAUACGUUCCCAAAUACAAGGACUUCCUGGAUGUUCAGAGAAAUCUCACGAAACACAUUUUUCGGGACUACGAUCCUACUGUAUCCCCGGUGUAUACGUGGGUAGAUGUCGAUUUGCCUAUCGGAUAUGAUAACGAGGCGCCGAAACGGUACAACUACACGAUUUUCCUGUACUAUCUGAAAUUGGUGGAGGUGCAAGAGCCGCAGGAAAAAAUUUCAGUUGUCAUGGAGAUUAUGGAGUACUGGUAUGACGCCCGAUUGUCAUGGAAUGCAUCAGCUUGGCAAAAUACUACAAUGAUCUACAUGAAACAGGAUAAAGUAUGGAGUCCAACAAUUUCCGUUUUUGGGGUCAACGACAUCGUGGACUUUCGUGACAACGACAAUCGUCUUAUUUGUAUUGAAAAUACGGGUUUCAUAUGGGAUUACGUAUCUGUAAGAGUGUCAGCAAACUGUGAAAUGGACGUUUCAAGAUUCCCAUUUGACACUCAAAUCUGUCAAAUUCGUUUCUGUCUUCCAAUCUUUUAUCGGGUUCAGGUGGACAUUUUGAACGAGAUUUAUGAAGAAAUUAUGGAUGAGAGGAUAUUUAAGACUAUGGGAAACUCUGAAUGGAAGCUGUUAAACCUGACGAAUCGUGUUGAAGCAUUAGUGUACAAUGAUAAUAUGGGAACUAUGGAUUUGGCGAUUUUUGAGAUUACAAUUAGAAGAAACCCUUUAUAUUACAUUUAUAUGAUAGUUUUUCCCUCGUUUAUCAUUAAUUUUGUGUCGAUUGUCGGAGUUUUCCUGAAUGGAGCUGAUAAAAUGUCGAGGCUAAACGUCGGGCUCACCAACAUCAUGACAAUGACGUUCAUCCUCGGAGUGAUGGCUGACAAAAUUCCGAGAACUGGAAAUAUUCCGCUACUUGGGAUUUAUAUCAUUAUAAAUUUGGUGAUCAUGUUAAUUGCAAUUGCUAUUGUCACUGCAAUCACUGAGCUGAGGAAAUGGGCUUCUCCUAAGUUGAGAAAAAAAAAGACAGCACUGAGAGCUCAACUGGAAUCAUUUCUGGGUCGUCCAUUGGAGUAUACCAGUGCAAUUAUAUUGGAAUUAAUGACAUGUGCCAACUUUCUAGUUAUGGUUGGAUUUUGGUUCGAAGAUGAUUCUUAG